CUGGGAAAAGAGUGCGCGUGCGUGAGAGCGAGCGAUAGAGCGACGGAAAAAAGAGGAAACUGCAUGCGCUGUAAGAGAAAGAAAGAAGGACUACGCAUGCAGAUACACAUCGAGGUAUACAUCCCUACACCACAGUCGCAGAGGAAACCCAGGCACCGCUAGGAAUACAAACAGAGGGUUGCAUUUUAGCGGAUUGCACGGGACACUCUGCCUUGUGUAGGGGAAGACCCGAAUGAUUAGAGUUCCUGACUUUACUGUCUGUCUCUGAGCCUGGAGCACAAAUCCAGUGAACAUCUUCCUUUUUAAUAACUUCAGAUUGUGUAUCCAUUUCCUCUGUUAGCUUUUUCCUGAGAAAUGGCAAGUGGGCGUCCAACUGACACAUUCAGUUACUUGUACCAACCUGAAAGCUGUCAAACCUUGAAGAGCAGAAAUACGCUUUCUUCCAUAAUGAAUCCGGUAUAUAGCUCUGUUCAACCUGGGGCUCCUUAUGGAAAUCCAAAAAACAUGGCUUACACAGGAUACCCAGCAGGAUAUCCAACUACUGCUCCCACCUAUACUCCAAACUUGUAUCAGACUGGCAGCCCAGGCUACCCUCCAGCAGUUCUACUGGUGAAGCAGGGCUGGCCACAGACCUCAACUUCUGGGGCCACUGAAGGUUCCUAUGACCUCCCAGUGGACGCUGGGACUGAAAACCGAACUUACCAAGCCUCUUCUGCUGCAUUCAGAUACACUGCUGGAACUCCCUAUAAAGUCCCACCGACCCAGACCAAUGGAGCCCCUCCACCCUACUCUCCAUCCCCCAAUCCAUACCAAACUGCCAUGUACCCAAUUCGAAGUGCCUAUCCACAGCAAAAUAUCUAUGCCCAGGGCGCCUACUACACACAGCCUGUGUAUGCAGCUCAGCCUCAUGUUAUUCAUCACACCACAGUUGUGCAACCUAACAGCAUUCCCUCUGCCAUCUACCCUGCACCUGUCCCAGCUCCCAGGACCAAUGGAGUAGCCAUGGGCAUGGUGGCAGGAACUACCAUGGCAAUGUCAGCAGGCACUUUGCUGACAACUCCACAACACACUCCUAUAGGAGCACAUCCAGUCUCUGUGCCAACAUACCGGCCUCAAGGAGCGCCUGGGUACAGCUAUGUGCCACCUCACUGGUAAAAUCACUGGCCAUUCAUAUCUGGAGUCAAACAUUGUAUGCAACUACUCAAGUCUUACAUUGGUGCUGGAGUGUUCACAUCACAGCGCCAACUUUUGCAAGAACAAAUAAGAGCAAAGGUCACUUUAUACAUUCUUUAGUAUUUUUUUUUUUGUAAAAGCUGCUUUAUUCCAGAAUAUUUGCAUCUUUUUUUUUUUUUUUUGCUCCACAACUCCAGACUGACACAGACCAAUGAUAGUAAUAUAAUUUUUUUUAUGUCAGUACCAUGGUUUCAACACAAGGCCAGUUCAGUGGUGGAAACAUAGACAUUGUUUUCUUGCGCUGCCAAAAGUAGGAAAGGAAAUUGUUGGGGUGGGGGGAAUGGGUGAUAAGCUAGUUAAUAGUUUAUCAUAGGAAUAUUCUAUAUGUUUCUUGACCAAAAACACAUCACAGUCUCUAUGAAAGUUUUUUUUUUCUUUUCAUCAGCUUUGUUUUUAAAAUUUUAUUAUUCUUCCAGUAACAGAAAAAGGGUGUCUUCCAGAUAGUAACAGUUUUUAGAUAGAGUUGUUCAUAUUGCUGUAAUUGGCAAAUAUGCCCUACUAUAUUAUGAAUGUAGUAGCAUUUUGUUUUGAAGACAUUAGCCUUGAUUUCAUCCUAUUUUAAAUUAUGUUGGUAAUGUGCCAAGAUUUUAAACCCUGCUACCUAGCAAUUCAUAUUUUUUUGUCUUGAUAUAAAUUAUAGUGAGUAUCUUUGUGUAUGGUAAUAGACCUACACUAACCUACUCAUAAAUUAUAUUUAAUUGAAAACAGACAAGUCAAGUGACCAUGCUGAACUAACUCAGAUUUAGGGGAGAAUGCAGCUGUCACAGUCAAACUCAGGACAGUAGCAUUGUUAAAUACCUGUUCAGGAAAAAAAAUUAAGGAUUUAAAGGGAUUUAGAUGUAGAGAUAAACAGUAUGCUUUGGGACAGAGCGAUAUUUUAAUAAAAAUAUACGAGUAAUAAUACUUUAUAGUAUGGUAUAUAAGAGUCAAAAUUUUGAAUUAUUGAGGUCUGUACCAUCAGAAUGAACCCAUUAAUGGGCAAGUAUUACUCUAGUAUAAAGAAAUAGGGUUCUUUCUGAACUGGGGUUGGCAAGAUUUUAUUGUAUAUUGUGACUGUCACCUCCGUGUAAACUGAAACUUUACCUUUUCAAUGGAAAUACAGAGAAAGAAAUGUGUAGAACUUUAUCUUUUGCAGACAGGUAGGUGAGGUGGGUUUCUUCAAGCUAAGCCGUCACCUCUAUGUCAGGCAUCUUUUGACAAUCAGUAACGGCAUAACAUUUAUUUGGUAAUGUUGACCAGCCUUUAGAACUCUUUUUGAACCACUGAAGGUCUGAGCGCUUAAGUAAUUCAAACUAUAUAUGUGCAUAAUAACUUUUUUUACUGCUUGAACUUCCUCUACUGAUGAUAAAUUCUAAAUUAUUUUCUCUAUGUGGUGUUGUAUCAACAGUCUAACAUCCACAAACACACAAUGGUUUUGAAAGAGGAGGCACAGUAUAAUCUAAAAUGUUAAUUUCUUUAAUAUGAUCUAUAAUUUUUACAAAUGUAAUUAUGGAACAAUUUCCAUACAGAUGGGGGAGGGCAUUAUAGAAAGCAUUUCUGGAUAAGUAGGAGUUAAUAGAAGAAAACUGCAAUGUUGCUAGUUUAGAUAGAUAAGCAGGUAACUUGAGCCUAAAUUACUAGUACAGACGGUCUUUAAAAACCACAGGGCUCUCUUCCAAUCACUGACAUGCCUGUUUCCAAUUGUCAUACUGUUAGUUGGAUAUAUUUAAUUAUUAUUACUAUUUUUUUUUUAUAAUAUUUUAAGCAGUAAGGGUGAACUGUGAGAUGCAGCACAGAAUUGCAAACUAUGUUCCACCUGGGUCUUUGCACACCAUUUCUCAUCUCGACAUUUCUAUUUAAUGAAUAAAGUGACCACAUAUCAGAAUUAUUGUAAUAAAAUGAUGUUUAGACAUGUUGCACAGAACAUUUAUAAGUAAUAAACUAUGCUUAUUAACAGGUACUUUAAUUGUACAACAGCUCUUGUGGAGAGCUUGUAUAGAAAAGGCAGUAUCUAUGGUACCCCUUGGUCUAUGUAGGAGGAAUACUAUUAACUACAUAUAUAACACUACCAUUUUUGUUCUGUUUGCAUUAAGUUUCUCACUAUCAAGCCUUUCAGAAUUAUAGCAGAAAAAAUGUUUAGCAAAGUAUUACCCAAAUUUACGGAAAAUUAAAUACAUAUUCACACUUAUAAUAGCAUGUGUACUAUAUAUAUGGAUGUGUUAUAUAUGCAUAAAGCAGAAUCCUGUCAAUGCAGAUUAUGGGUUGCAUAAGACAGCAACAUUUAAGGAUGCAAACUCUCCUAGUUAUCCUACACUUCUUAAAGCAACUUCUAAGCUGCAAAUAUUAUGACUGGAGGAGGGUGAAUUACAGCCAUGGAUUUUGGUGAGAUUAUAAACAUUUCCAAGCAAAGAGAUGUUGCCAAAGCUCUAUAUUCAAAAGUAAUAUUUGCUUUCGGGGAAAUGCUUUUGUGAUUCUUUGUUCGUUUUUCAGUCAUCAAAACAUUUUAGACUUCUCACAAAAUUUUAAAUAGUAAUUUAAGAGCAUCUAAAGAAGAGUGGUUGCUUUUUGCUUUGCACACAACUGCUUUCUAAUUUUGUGAAAGUUGGCAAAAAAGUACAUUUAUUUUUUAAGUAUUUAACCAGCUGUUUUCUCUUUACUUUUGUACCCAUCUAAUCUGCCAUAGAUGCUAGAUGUUGAAAUAGUCCAUCCAGCGAAUGGAAAGCAUGUAAUUCACAUCUAUAGGCUUACAUCUCUUUUGUUUUUGCGUAUUCCACAAUCCUUAAUUGCCAAAAUUGCAUGUUUUGAUGUUCCAAUUGUAUUUCAAAUUUGUGACAUAGAAAUAAUACAGAUGAUGUUUUGUUAUCCGAACAAAUAGUCAAAUUGACGCAUGAAAUAACUUUGCGGAACUGAAUUGUUUUGUAAGGUGAAAUCAUGCCAAAAUAUACCGAUAUCCUAAUUAAAGGUGAAAAAGAGGCUGUGAAAUCACAUAAGAUAAUAUUAAUGUUUCCUAUUAUUUCAAAAGAAGAGGUCAAGACAUUUAUUUGUGAGAUGACAUUUAUUUCUGAGACUAGGAAUUGGCGAAUGGUUGCAAGAAUACCAGAAGUACUACCACACAUUUUUUAAAAAUCAAAAAGUUUCUGUAUUUCCUUUCUUUCAAUACAGUUAACUGUAUUUAUGACUGUCUGUCUUAGAUUAUACAUGAAUUCAUUUCUUUAAGACUCUCCACUUUUUUCUGCUCUGUGACAUGUAACUCUAUUGAAUUGGCUUA